AUGACUUCUGUCUCUGCUCCCGUUGUAUCCGAUCGCAAUGCGACAUUCUAUUCAUUCCCACGGUUACCCUUAGAAAUUCAACGAAUGAUUUGGAGAGCUGCACUUCCUGGACCAAGAAAUGUCGCGCUGAAACGUUUCUGUUUGAAGGCUCCCGAGUAUCCUAUUGUUCUGAUGCAGGAGCCAUUAGAGGGUAUGCGUCCAGAGACUCAAAUCCAACAAUUUUCUACACUUGCCAGAGAGUCAUUAGAGGUUGCUUCCGAGACCUAUACGCUUACCUUUGGCUCAUUGGGAGUCGGACCGCGAACAUGGUUCAACUACGACAUAGAUUUGGUUCAUCUUGACAUGUCAUUCAUCGGUAUGAUCGUAAAAAACGUCUGUGACAACAUCGCCAACGUUAUCGGCAUGCCUGCGGCGACCAUAGAAUUUCUCUCAUUAGACGAAAUUGACGAUCUAGACGAUGCCACCGAAGGGGUUUUCGUGAAACCAGAGGUAGAUGGCAUAUCUCCUUCAAUGCGUCUUAACAUCGACUUGAUGAAAAAGUACAGGCACUCGUCCUAG